CAUGUUGGCUCAACCCGAACUGUCAUAUGAUGUUUAGAGAGAUAUGAUGCAGGCCCACCUUGAUCCAAAAUGUCGUCAGCUGCGUCCUAGCCCGAGUUAAGGACGUAACAUACUUUACCCCGCGCCUGAUAUCUGUGACGCUAUUGCGGCGGACCUUCAGAGCUCGAGCUCGGAACGGCAGCGGGAGAGAAGUCAUCGCUUCUCCUGCUGCUAUUUAGCACACUGCGUAGGGUUACAGCAGGUUGAGCCUGGAACCAGCUGUCCUCCAAGAUGAACCCUUAUGAAUAAAAGUGAACCUGUUCAGUAAGCUGUUAGCUUCCAGUGGUCAAAGCCAUGCCUGAAGAUUAGAGCCCCCUCUUGCUUACAGCAAUACGAAUAUACAGAAGAUUCUACAUGAUUCUUCAUGUAGACCUUUCUGUGUUUGUCCUGCUGGAUUGAGUCCUUCCUCCCCUACUGUAAUAUCAGCUCUGUCCCUUUCAUACCGCUCCCUCUUGCACUUUCAUGUCCACCUGGGAACAUGUAUCUGCAUUUGAGAAUGGCUCCAACCUAGUCUCAUGCGUCCAAUGAGUGGAGAGUCAGACGGCCCUGCUCCUGAAAGAGUCUCACGGGCCUUCCCUUUGUCAGGCCCUGUGUCUUCCUCAGAGAUGUCCUCACUGCAGUCACUAGGGCCAGUGCAGAGCUGGCUGGGUCAGGAGCUGGAGAAAUGUGGCAUAGAUGCAAUGAUCUACACCCGCUAUGUCCUUAGCCUGCUACUGCAUGACAGCUAUGACUAUGACCUGCAGGACCAGGAAAAUGACAUCUUCCUGGGCUGGGAGAAGGGAACAGGGAAGAAAUGGGGGAAGAGCAAGAGGAAGGGAGGGACUGACCUUAGUCUUGAAGAGAUGAAGAAACAAGCUGCCGUGCAAUGUUUGCGUUCAGCAUCUGAUGAAAAUUCUGGAAUUGAAAGCUUGGUUGAGGAGCUAUGCUCUAAACUCAAGGAUAUUCAAAACAAACAGAAAGAAAAAGAAAAGCAAGGAAAUAAAAAAUCUGAUAUAUCUCAGUCUCCUGAACCAGAUGAAGCAUUUUCUUCUAAGGACCAGGUUGAGAUGUACUAUGAAGCUUUUCCACCUCUCUCAGAAAAAUCUGUUUGUCUCCAAGAAAUUAUGACCGUUUGGAACAAAGCUAAAGCCUGCACAUAUUCCAGCUCAUCAUCAUCUGCUGUCCCGCAAACAAGCACAGACACAUCCUCUCCGAAAGACUGCACUAGCGAAGGUGAAGCUUUUAAAGACCGAACAGCUGAUGCACCCAGUUCCACCACCACUACCAGCGAGAGGGCCCAGCAGCGACGCACUAAGAGGGAGAAGGAAAACCGGUUCCAUGGAAGCGCAACUGGAGUGUCUGAUGAUCAGGUUGCUCCUCAUAGUAAGAGACAGGCGAGACACCGGUCUGAGGGGAGGUUCCGCCCCAGAUCGUGGUCCUCUGGCUCUAGUGAGGCUGGCUCAAGCUCUAGUGGUAACCAGGGUGACCAGACCUCCAGUUGCAAAGCAGUCCGUGUAAGACACAAGUCUCGAGAGGUCAGCAGCAGAAGCAAGAGAGGCCGCAGUGGUGGCGGACAGGUCAAACUGGCCCUAAAAGUCAUCGACAAAGAAGAGCGGAAAAACGCACGUGGCAACAUCAGUACCGCUGGAGGCCCAUCUAAGCAACAGCAGCACUACAUGAAAAAAGGCAAAAGACCUCUGAGGGAAAUCCGCAAAGAUGCUAAUCUGGUUGAGGCACAGGAGUCAGGAGGAGAGGCCAAUAAAAAGGAAUAUAUGGAGGAGCCACUUUGGUACACAGAGCCCAUCUCUGAGUACUUUGUCCCUCUCAGUAGAAGUAAACUGGAGACAAAGUAUCGGAGUAAAGAAGACUCUUCCAGUGACUUAGCUAUGUCCAUUGAUGUGGACUGUCUGUCGGAGAGAAUUCAAGGAAUCUGCAUUGCAAAUUCUUGUUUUCAAAGGGCAUACCUUGCAGCGGGCACUUUUGUGGAUGGCCACUUCAUUGAAGUGCCUGGUGAAGGUGACGAAGAGGCUCCUGAACUGAAUGGGAUUCCAAUCUGCCCUCCUCCUGAAGAUGGUCAAAAUUUAGAUGACGAGCAUCUGUCCGAAUUCACUCACUUCUAUGAAGUUGAUCUUUAUCAAUCCAUAUUGGAUCCUAGUGCCUCAGAUGCGGUACACGAAAGCCGAAUCCUGAACAUGAUUCGGCAGAAGAGCAUUGAGCGAAAACACUUUGAUGCAGGAUGUGUAGUUUUAGAUGGCCUUGAGCUGCAAGGGGAAAGUGCAAUAAGGGUUGAUUCUCUGGGAGCCUCAGAAGCAGAUGUUUCUAUCAAACAAGAUAUGAAAAACAUUGCCCAAGUCUGGGAGUGCUGUUCAUCAUCUAGCUUGGAAGAUCUGGAGGGAGAGAGCUGUCCGGGUGACUCUCCAGUCAGGCUCUCCCCAGGGUUGGACGGUGUUCCAUUCAGCUUUAACAAACUGUCUGGAGCUUUCGUAGGGCCUCAUCUCCAAGAAGCCAGCAGUAGCAUCUCCGCCCUAAACUCCUGUUUUCCGCUUUUUGAGUUGCAGUACGAUAGCCCUACCUUUUCUUUUCCCUGCGACUCACUUACGGAGGGUCAGGACAAUGUAGAUUCAAGUAGCUGUUUAGAUCCACAAGGAAACAAACAAUCCCGUUUGCUCAUUUGGACCAAAAACAGUGCCUUUGAUGAAACAGAACACUGCUCUAACUUGUCGACGAGGACCUGCAGUCCCUGGUCCCACUCAGAGGAGACACGGUCAGAUAGUGAACAGAUCAAUGCUCCAGCAGAUGAACCUGCUCAGUUUGGCAAUGAAGAGGUCAGCUGUAUCUCCCUUAUCCCGCCCUUAUGCCUAGAAGAAGAGCUUUUAGAUUUCUUUCACGAGAACUCUAGUCACCAGCAGGAAGAAACGAGUGUAGGCACCGAGUCCAACCAGCCCUUCAAUAAGAAAUCAAAAUUGGAGUCUGUUUGUGGCAUAGCAUUAGAGCAGGAUGAGAGUAAACUCUAUAAUGCCGUUGUGUUUUCCGACGUCCCAAACCAACAAAGUGAUGAAUACACCUCAGGGAUAAUAAAAGACAUUUGGAUGGCUAUUGGAGACAGAGACUGUGUCUUAACACUCGGGGUAAAGAAUACAGGGGAGCACUUGUUUUCGGAGGAGCCUACCGGCUACCAAUGCAGCUGUCCUGACAAGGAUGUAAAAGGUGAAAUUGUUCAAAAGAAAGCUGUGCAGUGUUCGGAGUACCAUCUUUGGGAUGGUCAGAAAGAGGAUGAGGGACUUCCUAAAAACAAGCUCUCUAAAAUGAAUGAUGGGGAUUACACAACACCGGCCAAGCCCUGGAAUUGUAAUUCACAGGACAGCACCUCCUUUAUCCUCGGUGGGGUGUAUGGAGAACUGAAGAGUCUAGGUGGUGACAGAGAAUGGGCUAUGAUUCCACCCGGUGAAGCCUGUGGCAGUUUGUUACAGUGUGCAGCAGCAACGUCUUCGGACAUGGUAACCAUCGCAGGGGCGGAUGUGUUCAUGAACACAAGCAGUUGCUUUGCUCCUGGCCACAAGCCAUUGUGGAGACCUCUUGUGUCCCUUGGUCAAAAUGAGCAGCCUGCCAAGGGACCGGGGGAUGGUUUGAAUAAGGGAUUUUCCGUUGUCUUCCAUGAAGAUUUGCUCGGAUCGUGCGGAGGCUUCCGUGGAGAAGAGUCAGGACUGGAUUACCCGUUUUCAUCCUUUGAUUUGAACAACCCUUUUUCCCAGGUCCUGCAUGUGGAGUGCUCCUUUGAGCCAGAGGAUAUGGCCUCGUUCAGCCCGGGAUUCAAGCCAAAAUCCAUAUUAUGCUCCGACAAUGAGCCCUUUUGCCCUUGGUUAUAUGGCAUCAACCGGACUCAGUAUCGGGCCAUUCGAAUUUCCCCAAGGACUCAUUUCCGGCCAAUAUCUGCCUCUGAACUUUCUCCAGGUGGGUGCAGUGAGUCAGACGUAGAGUCUGAGAAAGAGGAAGCGAGUCUUCCAGUUGGUCAAGCAGACCUCUUCGAUGACCCACAGGCUGACCUCAAGCCUCUCGAGGAGGACGCAGAGUGUGAGGGCCCUUACUAUGGAAAAUCGGAGUUGGAGUCUGGGAAGUUCCUACCCAGAUUAAAGAAGUCUGGCAUGGAGAAGAGUGCCCAGACAUCACUCGAUUCGCAGGAGGGUGGGAGCACCCUUCUGCCCAUUACUGAACAAGAGAUUUGCGUACAUUGUGAGACGGCAGCAGUUUCGGUGCCAUGUUCUCAUGUGCAGUCCUCUGUUCUUCAACAAGAGGAAUCUAACGGAGAGGCAGAGUCUUGCAAAUACGCUGCAACCGAUCAGAUUCCAAAAAAUGGGAAGUCGCUUGAUGUUGCUCAAGAUAUGCAUGAGUUUCCUUUGUUGAAUUUUGGAGAACAGUGCUUAACUAAUAUGCAGCAAGAAGAGUGCUGGUGGCAAAGUACUCUGUGUUCUCCUUUAUUUCCAGGUUCUCAGUGCGGAGGAAGCAGUAACGUAUGAUUCUUCUGCUGAACGUGGAGGCAUACCAAUGCUAAUUUCCUCCUAUCACUUUCAACCAAAACCCAGAGGAGGGAUAGGAGGACCCUUGCAAGAACAGUGAGCCCAGGGCUUGCAGUGGGCUCUUUCUUAACCAUGCUGUCCUAAGCCCUGUUAUUCCUCAGUCAGUUCAUCUAAAACGGCUUAUCACCAAGAUGAAAACAUAAAGAGAGGAAAACAUGGCAAUAUGUUGAACAAACAGUUAGAUGAUUCUGGUCAACAGCAUUUAUUAUAGACUUGUUUUCAGUCUGUUAAUUCCAAGGUUGAUCAAUUUUGAAAAGAAUAAAAAAAGGCAUAGUUAAGCAUUAAGAUCGUUCUUUAAUUUACCCCUUAUAGAUUUUAGCUUCACUUUUAUGUUUGAUCUAGGAUACACUAUAUCUGUGGUCCUACUGAUUGUGCAUGUGCUUGUGAACCUAGUCUCAGUCCUUCUAAUAGUCUAAGUUUCUGUGACCGAACUAUGAAUACUCGGAAGUCAGGUUGAAAGCACCACGAUUGCAACACCCCCUUCCCUAAUCAGAUCGUUUAGCAUUUUGUCUUCUUUUUUUCCUUUUAAAAGACUUGUAGAGGAUAGAGUUGUGUGAGGUUUGGUGUGUUGAAAGAAAAAGUGCUUUUGUCCCCACCCCACUUUUGUUCUGUUACAUCAGUUGAUGUUCCCCUUUAGUUCAAUGCUGAUUAGGAAGCAUCUUAAAGAAACAAAACAAGAUAGUUUGAAGGAGUAAUAAUACAAUAAAAAAAAAAAAAAAAAAACGAGCUAAUUAAAACAGAAGGCUAAAUGAAGACAAUAGACCCUUGUCCUCAAAAUGCCUGAGUUUCCCUUUUAAUACAGCCAUUGUGAUAAAUGUUUCACAAUUUGCUAGGUUAUUUUGUCCACUUCAGGUAAAAAAAAAUAUAUAUAUAUUUUUUUAUACAUUUGUCAGAUGGCUUGAUUUGCAAAGUCACCUUUCUUAAAAGUUAAUUUUGGAGAGAGUUGUGGUGUGUAAGGACAGUUUACAUUUUCCUGAAUACAAGUAUAGUAAGAUAUCUGGAAAGCAUGUAAAAUAUAAAUGCUGCAGAUAAAUUCUGAGGAAAUAAAAUAGGUAACUGAAUAUUUUUGACCCAACUGUACAAUUUCGUAUUACCUGUUUCUAAGUCUUUACAAACCUACAUCUUACAGUUAAUUGUAGUUACAUCGACAGUUGCAGUUUGGUAUUGUAGACAUAAUUUUAGGUAUUGUUUCUUUAAGUUUAUUGUGAAGUUUACAGUUUAAUUUCAGUGAAUUUUCUUCCCCUUCUUUACCCAACAAAUUUGUGACUACUGAUGAUCCAUAAUAUGGCUUGAUUGUUUUUUUUUGUUUUACAUGAAAAGAAUUGAGUGUUUCCAGUAAUGGCAGUUGAUUGUAGGUUAAUUUCAUAUACUUUUCCUUCUACUUGUUUCAGAAAUAUGUGGCUGUUUUAUUGUGUGCUGAAAUGAAGAGGGGUGUAUAAAAGCAAUAUAGUAUUUUGGCACACCAUAACUCUACAACCUUACAAUAUUGAUGUAUUUUUUGUUUAAAAAAAAAUACAUAGGCCCAAAUUACUUUACCUGCAAAGUUUGAUAAGUUGUUUGCCUAUAUAAAUUUUUUUUUUGUCUGUGGAAUGAGAGGUGGUAGGGGUAUGGUGUUCAUAAUGCAAAAUAUCCAUCAUAAACUUCAUAAAUUUUUGCUCUAAUUCCAAUAUGUAUAUUCACGUUUGUCUGCUUCUUGACCUUAAUGGAUGUCUAGCCUGGCGUCUGCUAGCAUUAAUCUAGGCUGGAUGGGUAUUUCUCCACCGCCCCCCCUUUUCAGUUUGGCUUGAGAUAUGUAAAUUGUUACGAAGUGUGAAUUUACAAAUGAAAUUUCGGAAUUUUUUUUUUUUUUUUUUUUUUUUUUGGCACCCUCAAUGAUUUGGUUUUCUUAGUUAAAAAUGUGUGCAUUUUUUUUCUGUACCAUUGUGGGAAAACUGGUUUUAAAGCAUUACCUAUUAAAUAUUUUAAGGGGGAAUGUGAAUGUGGCAGUUUAAAAAAUCGCCCUAUUCAACAUCAUUGACCAACAGAUACCUUUGAAAAACUAUUCCUUAAUUGGGCUUUAAGUUUCUAAACUUUCGUUGGCAUCAAAUGUCAAAACAUAAAAAGAAAAAAAAAGAAUGAAAAAAAAAAAAAAACAAUAAGAAUAUGCUUAUUUCCCUUAGAAAGUGGGAAAGUUUAUUUUGUUGACCUGUUCUGAGAUACACUUUGGGGUAAAUUGCAGUCUUGACAGGAAAAUCUAUAGAGUAUUUUAUGUAUUGGUGCUAAUAUUCAUACACUACAGCAGAGAUGUAAUCUUCAAGUGUGUGUAAAAAAAAAAAAAAGCCACACACUGAGUCCUUCUAAAAGAUUUGUGCUUAUUUUAACAAACAGGUUGGGCCUUGUUCUUGAGACAAGGUUGAGACCCAAAGUGUGUGAUCCAAGACUGUAUGGAAAAGGCUGUAGACCAUAACUUUGGAGAAAUGAUUUUGUAUGACCCAGUUUGAAACAGCUUGUGUGUGUGUUUGUGUGUUCUCCACAUUAUUUCCUCAUUGUGGUUGUGGGAGUUUGAAUAUUGUUUUACAAAAAUCAUAAAUGAAAUGUAUAGUGAUAGAAACCGAGUGUGAAGGCACAAAGUUAUUUUACUGUAUGCUAUAACUGGAUACAGCAUAUAGACUCCUAUAUUGGAUUUGUAUUUAGUUGACAUAACAUGUUACAAUUCAGUUUAAUUUUUCCAGUUCAGAAUACUGUCAGAUUCCAAAAUUCAAUUACACAUUGUUGGCAUCACUUUCUCUAAUCAGUACCUAAAUUAAUUCUUGUUCUGUCAAGCACUUUGAGUUAAAUAUUGCCGUCCUCCAAAAUUGUUACUUGUAUUACUUGGCUUUAUGUUCCUUAAGAAGCUUGUUUAUGGUGGGUGGGUGACAGAGGACAAAAGCAUUUUAGAUUUAACAAUUUUGAGAAAAUGCAUAUAUAGUAAAUGUGUGUGAGACAGUCAAAUAUAACAACAGCAUAGACCGAUUAUUUACAGUUGAAGAAAUUUGAAAUGGUUCCUCUCUUAGUUUAAACAGACUCAUUUUAAAAUAAAAAAAGAGUGACUUAAAUUUUUUUUUUUUUUUUU